AUGAGUCUCCUGCUAUGGUUUUUCCUAGGCCUCGUGGCACUCAUUUCCCUCCUCGCCUAUCGAACCUACUUUCACUCUCUCGCUCAUAUCCCUGGGCCUCCACUAGCCAAGGUCACCUAUCUCUAUGAAUGGUACUAUGACUUAUAUCGGGGUGGCCAAUUUACAUUUCAGCUUCGUGCCUUACAUGAUAAAUAUGGCCCCAUCAUUCGCAUUAACCCCGAUGAAGUUCAUAUCGACGACCCGGAUUUCUUUGACCAGGUUUUUAAUCAAACCAAUGGCCGUGCAGAAAAACCUCUGCGGGUUGCAGAAGCAUUUGGACCCUAUCCUGCUACUAUUGGUACCCAAUCGCAUGACCUACACCGUCUGCGACGAAGCGUCUUGAGCCCCUUCUUUUCCAAGAAGUCCGUUACAGACCUCGUUCCCGUUAUGUGGCGCCCCAUUGAUAUUCUGCGAAAGCGUUUGCACCAUGCUGCUCAGACGGGCGAGAUGGUCAACAUGAAGUAUUUCUACGCUGCGGUGACCCUGGAUAUUAUCAAUGCCUAUUGCUUUGCCCAUGAACCCUCCAGUGUGCACCAGCCCGACUUCGGCCGCAAGGGGUUUGACGACCUUGAUAGCUUUCUUGAGGUCAGCUUGCUGAAUAUCCACAUUCCAUGGGUGAUGCGCUUUACAUAUUCGCUGCCGGACAACAUCAAUAAACUAUUAGCCCCUGCAUUGGCGGAAAUUUUAGACUUUCGCCGGGCUUUAUCUCGACAGGUAGAGGCCAUCCGAAGUGGUGAGGAUACAGCCCAUGAGAAAGCCUUACAUCGCACAGUCUUUCACGAACUACUGGAAAGCAAACUCCCCCCAGAGGAACGACAAAGAGACAGGUUGCGAGAUGAAGCCGUGAGCUUAGUGACAGCCGGUUCUGGGACAACAGCAUAUGUUCUGCGAGGAACCGCCUAUCACAUUUCCGCCAACCCAGCUAUACAACAAAAGCUACACGAAGAGCUUGUUACUGCCAUUCCAGACGUACAAAAGUUCCCCUCUUUAGCCGUUCUCGAACAACUCCCCUACUUAACAGCUGUAAUUCAAGAAGGCCUGCGUCUAUCCGACCCCGUCACUCAUCGAAUAAGCCGUCAGUUUCCUGAUUGUCCACUCCAAUGCCGGGGGAUUUUUAUUCCCGCAAAUACCAUUGUCGGCAUGACGGCCAUGCUGACACAUCUCAAUGAGAAUAUCUACCCGGAGCCUCGUGUCUUCAAGCCCGAGCGGUGGCUGGUUCCCGAAAGCAAGCGGCUGGAUCGAUACUUGGUUCCUUUCAAUCGGGGAACACGCUCUUGCUUGGGUAUGAAUCUGGCUCGCGCUGAGUUGGUCCUGAUCCUAGCAGCUGUGUUCCGGCAGUUUGAUUUUGAUGUUUCUGGCGUGCAACGUGAUCGCGAUAUCGAUGUGAGUCGGGACUUUAUUCUCGGAGCACCGGCGCGUGACUCGCCAGGUAUUCUGGUGGCAGUGAAGGAGUGCUAG